AUGGGGGGUGAUUCAUUUGAUUCCCAUAAACAACUGUCGUUUCUUUCAGUCUAUCCAAACGUGUGGAUCGUGUCACUUCUUUCCGGCGAAAAGGAAUACGAAAUUUUCACCCAAAAUUACACCAGAGCGGAUUUGGCAGAGCUUUACAGCCUGAAUGUUACGGACGCGUUGAACAGCUCAAUAUUUCACGACAAACUGUUCGAUCUGGGUGGAAGGGACCUCAAUGUGGCCGUGCUCGACUACGGGCCGUACUGUUUGACGACCCAUGUUGGCGAAAAUCGAGGCAACGCAGAUUCCUUAAACUCAACGUUGCGAAAGGAGCUUCGAAUCGACGGAAUAGAAGGCAACCUGAUUGUCGAGUUUUGCAAGCUCCGAAAGUGUAACCUGAAGCUGCUGCCACGUAAGAGUUACAACCAAAGCACAUUUCCCCGGCACUUCGUGAUGAUUGGUCCGAACAACUGGGGUUACAUUGACGAAAAUGGAACUGGAGAUGGGAUAUUGUAUGCGACAUACGCCAAAAAGACAGAACUGUCGUUUUGCAGCACAUCAGUUAGUUGGGUGUACGACUUGCUUGACGGUAGCCAUCCGGUUGCUUCUUCUGCCAUGAAGCUUCUGGUUCCUAGAGCUAAAGUCCUGCCGACCUUCCUUACGCCGGUCUAUCCGUUCGAGUCCAAGCUUUGGUUAGCGAUUUUCGUAACGUUAAUCAGCAUGAUACUUGUUCUGCACGGCAUCACGGCGCUGAACUGUUGCAGAGUUUCCGUAGAUCAGCCAUCGAUAGUCAAGUCCAUUUUUGAUACGAUAGCCAUCUAUUUGAAUCAGCAGAUGUUUCUCGACCUAUCAACCUUCUCGUAUCGUAUCAUGGUUGCCUUCAUAUUUCUGUCCGGCGUCGUCUUAAGCAACUCGUACUCCGGUGGCUUAGCGUGUGUCCUAACCGUUCCCAGGUUCGAGAAAUCACUAGAGACGACCCACGACUUUGCCACUAGUCCAUACCGAUGGGCUGCUUCUUCAAUCGCGUACACUUUUACAAUUGCUGGUGCGGACUCGCCCGAUCUACAGGCGGUCGUUCGCAAAAUUGAAGUCAUCCCCGACCUCAACCAGUUGUACCGGCGUACGCUACGGGGUGACAUCGGCGUCGCCGUUGAACUGCUCAACAGCCAGAAGAUCUACCCGGGCCCGUACAUCCGCGAAGACAACGUAAACCUGUUCGAGCUACUGCGGGAGAGCAUCUACUACGACUACACCGGCGGAGUGUCCCAGCGAGGUUGGCCCUUGAUGCAGUACUUUAACCGGUUCAUUCUGGAGGUCGUCCAGGGAGGGUUCUUGAUCUACUGGGAACGGGAAAUGCUGCGCAAGUUUCAGUCCUACCGGCUGGAGAUGGCCAUGGAAGCGAUUGUGGCUGGGCGUAAGCCGGACGUGGUUGUGCAGGUGCUGGGCGUUGAACACAUUCUGGGACCAGUGUAUAUUUUGUUGAUUGGGUCCGGGUUGGCGAUCACAGUUUUCUUGCUAGAAGUUUUCUGGCGGACAGUACAAGACAAGCUGACCAAGAGUAUUCUCCAAUGUAACAUUUCGAAUAAAUAAACAAAAUAGCUAUUGAACUAUGUUAAAUUUAACACAAAACUUUUUUUAUUGAGCACCGUUAUUUCCACAAACUCUGCUUCAAGCUGUGUAACACUUCCGAGAGCCUCUAUCAAGUGUUGCAAUGGUUGGGUUACAAUGCGGGAUCAAUCGGAAACUGCCCACCCCUAACAGUAGUUUUCCACAACUUUUCUAGAGUCUG